AUGAGUGAUUUCACCAUCCCCUGCAAGGGGAUUGUCAGCUACUCGCAGCAUGAAUGGAAAAUGGAGGACUUGUGGACUCGAGAGCCACGAGAAGACGAGUUUUUGGUCGAGAUGAUUGCGACGGGAAUAUGUCAUACCGAUGUCCUUGGAUAUGGAGGCAUCUAUCCACGAGUGCUGGGCCAUGAAGGUGGCGGUCGAAUCGUUAAACUGGGAAGUGAAAAGCAGCGGUCACAAUUUAAAGAGGGAGAUUUCGUCAUUUUGUCGGCUGCUUCAUGCCAAAACUGUCUCUAUUGUGAGACCAAACAUCCAGCAUACUGCACAAAUCAUGCCGCCCUUACGUCCGGCGCCAACGAGGCCAACUUUGUCCUGGCUUCCGAUACGUCUAAAGUGAUUGGAGGUGGUUUCUUUGGCCAGUCCAGUUUCGCUUCGUUGACUCCGGUCAAAGUGAGCUGCGCCUCCAAUGUGUCCGACCAAGUCAAGGAUGCCGAAGAAUUGAAAAGACUCGCGCCUCUGGGCUGCGGAAUGAUGACUGGUGCUGGCGCCAUCACUCACGUUGGACAAUGUGAGCCUGAUGAUGUGGUUGCCGUGGUUGGACUGGGAGGUGUCGGUCUGGCAGCUAUUUGUGCAGCAAAACGCCGUGGCGUGAAGACCAUCAUUGCAGUCGACGUUUUGGAAUCAAAAAUCGAGAUAGCUAAAACCAUGGGGGCGACUGAAGGGCUCCACUCUCAUCCGAAGAUACUUGAGGAUAAGAGACAGGAUUUCCCAACAGCGCUCACGGAAGUGACUCCUCACCAACUUGGCUGUACUCAUAUCUUGGACACAAGCCCAUCAGUAGCGGUGUUGUCGGGAUGUCUAGAAGCUCUGCGGAGCAAUGGCAUGGUCCUCCUCGUUGGAGCCAAGCCACCUCGCGCAAAACUCGAGCUCGACAUCCUCACACAUAUGAUGCAUGGCCGAAGGCUGGUCGGAGUUAUUGAAGGAGAUCGAGACCCGGCUGAGGCACUGCCGGAAUUGGUGCAGUGGGCCCUAGAUGGCUCUUUACCGGUGGAUAGGAUGUUGACACGCUUCCCUGCCACACAGUUUGAAGCAGCGGUCAAGGGUAUGGAACAAGGAGAAGUGAUAAAGAGUCUGCUGAUUUGGUGA